AUGAGAGAGAAGUCAUCGUCAACUACAAGUACAAAUACACCAUCAGGUAUUAUAAUGGAAACGUCAGAUACUGGAGACUCUCCGCCAACAAAUCAAUCAAGUUGUUCAAUUGUGGAUCAGUCCCGAGAUCGAAAUCCUUUCAGAAAGUCGCCACUGACCAAUCCAUUUGGAAAAGCGGCCGACCAGUUGGGGCAUCCUCAAUCUGAUCUCCCCCAGUACAAUGAUCUUAAACAGAACGGGACCGAGACAAAAACGGAUAUUGCUGAUACAGAGCUUACCAAAUAUCCAUUCAAAACAAUAAACAGAAUACUUGAUGAUUUAAAAUGGACUAUCCCUGCCAAAGAGAAACUAGAGACUAGCUUGUUGAAUAGUAAACCAAUCGCGUAUGCAUUUCCAUUGAGCCAACUUGUCAACUCGAGUCACUUCAACUUUCAGACAUUGAUUUUGAAUGAGUUUGUGGACUACUGCAAAUCGGUAGAGGAGAGGGUUAACGAAGAAACCAACCAAACUGUUUGUAUCAUUCGUGGUAUUUUGACAAGCAGAGAUCGCCAAUGUUUCCACUUCCGGUUGGUGUUCCUUGAAGACACGCCAACGUUUACCACGGCAAACUUUGUUGACAAGCAUCAGUGGCACGCCAUCCCCUCAGAAUCAGUAUCAACGUUUGAUCUAAAACUAUUGUUGGCUAACUAUCCAGAACUGGAUAGCAUCAUAGAUGAUGCAUAUUUCAAGAGCUCCAACUCACCCCAAAACAAGUUACUCAGGUUAACCGUUUUCAGACCCGAAUUUACUAAUGAGGACUUGGAUCUGCUCACGAACGAAGCCAUCAUCAAGAGCAGGUAUUUAUCCACUUUUGACCGUCACCCAGGAUUUACUGCCGACUUAGUGCCUUCAGCCGUGAAUUGUAUAAACAUGUUGGUCAAGGUUUUGAGAGGACCCAUUGAGUAUAAGCAGACUCCGCAACGAACAAUCAGUUUGAAGAAUACAAACAUGGAAACGGUUCUUGACACCGACUUUUUACUUAAAAAGCUUUCCUUCAGUUUGAAUCAGGAGCAAGAUGCAGUUGUGCCUCCUGCACUUUCCGAGUCUCCAGCUUUGGAAGAAUCAUUUGUAAGAAAAAUUCUCGAGUUGAUUUAUAUUGGAAGAAGUUUAUUCGCCGAAAAGAACGAUUUUCGAUUGAACUACUCAUUUUCAGAUAACAUGUCUAGAGUGUUUGGUAUUGUGGCAGAGUUUGAUAAAGCAGCUAGCAUUUCCAAUUACAACAACAAUCCAACGAAUCGGUACCCCGCCUUCAUCACAUUAAGUGCAUCCACUUAUUUUCAGGAAGAGCUACUUGUCAAAUGUUUCGAACUUUCUGUACAAUCUGAUCCUAUCAAUAAAUUGCACUACGUUGAUGCUUUGAAAGAGGUGAGUAAUUUUGUUGCGGUUUCGUCGCGAGUUAAUAAAUUAAACACCUAUUUAAAGAAACUUUCGCAGAAUGGACAAUUUGUCGGCUUCAAGGACUAUAUCGCCUCAUUGCAAAUAUUGGGUGUUGAUAUUGAUCCCAAUAUAUCGGUGGAUUUGAUUGACGAUGAGGUCAUCAUUGCCAUGUACAAAGACCAGUGCUCGAGUGAUCCAAAAAACUACCAAUACUUCAACAAUCAUUUGAAAGUAGUCGCGUGUGCCAAAGACUCUCCAAGAUUAAAGGAGUUUGUUGCAAACGAAGUGAUACCUAUGCAUUUGGCCUUGCUAGAACUUCAAGUCGAAGAAAUCACAGAGGAUGAUGUUGUUGUGACUGCUUAUGAGUUUAAAGCUGACGAUCUAUUACAGCAAAAUGGGUUUAAUGCGGAAGCUGACGAGAUAAUAUUCUUGAACAGAGCAUUAGCAUCCGUGGCCAUCAAUAGGAGGAGUUAUAUUUUGUUAAAUUAUUUGGAAACGAAACUUCCAGAGUAUGUCAAGUUUACCGCUAUGGAUAAAAUAACAGUUCCUAAAGCCUAUGAGUUUCUUGAAGCUAAUGGAAAGACUUCUGAGUUUGAAAUUAUCAACACUUUUCAAAAUAAGGCGUUGUUGAAUAAUGUGGACAUUCGUGAAUUGAGAUACGCAUUCAAGACAAUUGCUGAAUUCCGGAAAUCAGAGAUUUUGUUGAAUUUCAUUAAAACGGGAAAGAUUGACUCAUCAUUAUUACCGGCGGAGAAUUGGCCGGCUGGGUUGGACAAUAUUGGAAACACCUGUUACUUAAAUUCAUUGUUGCAGUAUUACUUUUGUAUCAAACCAUUGCGAGAUUUGGUUUUGAAUUUUGACGAGGAUGAUUUUGAUUUGGAAGCGUUUUCGACAUCGAGAAAGAUUGGAGGACGGAAAGUUGAGCCUCUGGAAAUACAACGUUCUAAUCAGUUUAUCUACCAAUUGAAAAGACUAUUCGAGCAAAUGAUUUCAACCGAUAAAAGGUGUGUUCAACCAAGCAAGGAGUUGGCAUACUUGUCAUUUUUGCCAAUGUCUCAACCAGUUACCUUUAAAGAGAAUAAAACGAAGCAGGACGCAGAUGAGCCUGGAGGGAUGGCAGAAGAACCAAGAGAAGUUUUAGAAGAGUAUGGAGAGGUUGCGGAUGAAGACGGAGAUAUCCAGAUUGAUGAACGUGCUAUCAACAACGAGAUUGUUAAAGUAGAUGAAGGUGCAGACAAUAGAGAAGUUGCGAAAGUUGAUGAAAGCGCCGACGUCAGCAUGAUUGAAAAGGGGGACGACCCCACCAAAAAGGAGGGCGACGGGAUAAUCGAUGAUGAUGCAAAAUCAAGCAUUGAAACCGAAGAAGUCAAGGUUGAAUCGCGCAUGGUUGAAGACCUGGUUAGUGCUGAUAAAUUUAUCGAAGAUAUUGAGACCCCAGAAUAUACUACAUCGAUUGUUUCGGAAACCGACCUGAACUCAAAGCUUUUGGCGAUUUCGACAGAUGAAAUUGAAAGCACAAUCGAAAUAGGUCGGCAACAAGAUGUCACUGAAUGUAUUGAGAAUGUGAUUUUCCAAAUUGAACUGGCUUUACCUCCCACUUAUUUGGACAAUGACGGCGAACAAUAUGAUUUGAUAAAGAAGUUGUUUUAUGGGAAAACGAAGCAAACUAUACAGCCAUUGGACUCAACCGAUGAGAAGACGUCACAGGCAAGAAUAUUGACUGAGCGUUUCAACAGUUUGAUUAUCAAUGUUAGUGAUCAUCCAAAAAGCAUUUAUGAUGCAUUGGACAAUUAUUUUAAUGAGGAUACAGUGAAGCUUGAGGAAGGGUUGGCGAAGAAAUCCAUCACUAUUACCGAGCUACCACAAAUUAUGCAAUUCCAUGUACAGCGAGUCAUGUUUGAUAGGGAAAAGUUGAUGGCGUACAAGAGUAUUGAGCCGAUUCCAUUCAGUGAUAGGAUAUAUCUUGAUCGAUACUUGGAUACUGAAGACGAAGUGAUUUUGGCCAAGCGAGCCGAAGUGUUUCAAUGGAAGAAAGAGCUAGCUGAGAUGAGUAGUAAAAAAGAUGAAAUAUUGUCCAUCGAUGAAGACUCAUCAAUGAAUAUAAUUGACAUUUUGGUUACGACAAAGUCAUUUUUGGAAAAGAAAGUACGUGAUGAUGAUAAACUUUCGGUGGAACAAGCAACAGUUCAAGUGAUAUCCGAUCAAAUAACAAAGCUCAAAACACAAGUUGAGGAGAUUGAUUCGAAAAUUGUUGAAAUUCAACAACAAAUCAAUACGCAAUUUGACGAUUACAUGCAAGUUGGUUACUCGAUUUUUGCAAUUUUCAUUCAUCGUGGGGAAGCAAGUUACGGUCAUUAUUGGAUAUACAUCAAAGACCCUCACAAUCAUAAUGUUUUCAGAAAAUACAAUGAUGAAUUGGUUACUGAAGUUCCCGACUCGGAGGUGUUCAAUUUUCUAAAGGAAAACACAGCCACUCCUUACUAUAUUGUUUACGUCAAGAAUGAUUUGGAAAAGGAUUACAUUAACCCAUUAAAUAGAGUAAUUAGCUGUAACGAGUGCUAA